AGUAAAAAAUAAAAUUUAAAAUAUAGACGUAAAACUACAACACAAAAUAGAAACAACUAAAGCAAAUGCAAAUGAAGAUAAUGAAACAUUGAAACAAAUUCGUGAUAUCUUAAAGGACUUCGAUACAUAUAUACUAUAGUAUAUUAUUAUAUUAUAUUUUAUAUUAAUUAAGUGGAUAAUAAUAAGCUUAUAUAUAUGAGCAAAACAGACUUAAAACGCGAAAAAAUAUAUAAAAGCAUUAAUCGAGCAGCUCUUGUAGUUUAAGAAGCACUGGAAUAAACUGGAGUACUGCAAGGAAUCGUGCUUAGAACUAACGUAGUAUAUGAAUAAUAAAAAGACUUUGCUACAUUUAAAGCUUAGUAUAGAGAUAAAAAUAAUAUAAAAACAAUAUAACAAAAGCCCAGUAACAAAACAACAACAAAAAUCCAAACAGCGAAUCGGCAGCAAAGCUAUUACAGCUUAAGUUUAACUAUGAAAUGCUUUAGUUACAUCUUCAAGAAAUCUCUCUUAAUAUAAAAAAUAUAUGUAUAUCAGAUUUGUCUAAAUAUAAAUCUAAAAAUAAAGAACAAUAGCAAACAAAUAUCCUAGUGAUACACCACAAGUAUAGUAGUUGAAAGCGUAUGGGGGCGAGGCUCAAACCAUGAGUGAGAAAUGAGAAAUUGACGGCGAAUGAAAAUAAAUUAAUCACUUUUUUUAACAUUUAAAAAACUAAUCAUAACAUCAAAUGAGAUUGACAGAAUACUACUUAGCUCUCUUCAUACAAUCCAACAAAGGCGCUGUGUUCCGGCAUUUAACACAUACAUACAAAAACAUUCAGAAAGGCUUUCAGUGAACUGUCACUGCCUCCAUAAAUAAUAGCGUGAGCGUGUUAUUAAACUAAUAAGAUAACACUACCGUCGAAUCGAAACAAAAAUUUCAAAAAACUACCAAUUGUGCAUAAAAAGGAUCAUAAAUUAUAUUUUGUUUCGAACAUCUCAACACAUUUUCUUCAUUUAUUGCCCUUCGUGCAGUUUGCACACCAAAUAAAUUCGAUUUACGACUGAAUUUUACGCACGCGCUUUUUUAUCGUAAGAAUUGAUUUCAAAUCUAUCAUCCUUAUCCAAAGUCCACAAGACCAAAGUGUAUCCCCAGCGAACAAAACAAUUGCAACACUCAUUACCACCACUACUACCACUACCAACAACAAGUAUUCCACGUGUAUUUAGCAACAUGAACGCCCAAUCAAAAGGUUACCGCACCGGUGAAGAUAUCUACGAUAACAUUUCUUGCGAUGGCUUUUUCAACAUGAAUGCCAUGCGUAUUCAAACCACUUUUCCGCCAAUUGGCACUUUUACUUUGGAUUCUACGCUGGGACCGCCACCGUCUCAGUCGCAAAAUCAGCCACCGAUAUCCCAACACCCACCACCGAUUGGUAUUUUCGACGCUAACGAGGUGCCAGAGAUCAUUCAAAAUCCGGCAACAAUUGGUGUGUUCCAAUCCAAUAGCGUUUUGAGCAAUGGUGGAGGUAGUGGUGGCGGGGGCGGUAAUAACUCCUCAUCCAUAUUUAGUUCGCAAUCGAGCUCUUCAUCAGCUGCCAACGAUCCAAGUCAAGCAACGCGUGAGACUGGAAUUAUUGAGAAACUUUUGCAUUCUUAUGGAUUCAUUCAAUGUUGUGAGCGUCAGGCACGUUUAUUCUUUCACUUCUCGCAAUUCAGCGGUAAUAUUGAUCACUUAAAAAUCGGUGAUCCGGUCGAAUUUGAAAUGACUUACGAUCGUCGCACAGGCAAGCCAAUAGCAAGUCAAGUUUCGAAGAUAGCACCAGAAGUGGUGUUAUCGGAGGAACGAGUUACUGGCACUGUUACAACAGAACUUCGUACUGAUUGCGCUAACAAUUUGCUUUCGUCAAACGAGACAACUGGUCGCAUCAGCUAUGAAAAUCGUGGCGAGUGCUUUUUCUUACCUUAUACCAAAGAUGAUGUUGAGGGAAAUGUCAAUUUACGCGCCGGCGACAAAGUUAGUUUUCAAAUUGCAACUAACCAAAGAGGUAACCUUGGUGCUUGCCACAUUCGUUUGGAGAAUCCCGCACAGCCUGUUAAGUAUCGUGGUGUUGUCUGCUCCAUGAAAGAAUCGUUUGGUUUUAUUGAACGUGCUGAUGUCGUCAAAGAAAUUUUCUUCCAUUUUUCUGAAGCUGAGGGAAACGUUGAGUUGCGUCCAGGUGACGAUGUUGAAUUUACCAUACAAACCCGUAACGGUCGCGAAUUUGCUUGUAAUAUAACGAGAUUAGCACCAGGAUCAGUUAUAUUUGAGGACGUAGAUACCACGAUCUACAAAGGGCAGGUGUUGAAGCCCCUUGACCGCAAUAAUCCAACUCGGCAAACUAAUGAUCCAUUGCCCGGUCGUAUACGGUAUCGCGCACCAGACUAUUCCGAAGUGGAAGUUCCCUUUGGGGACAAGGAUCAGAAGGGUGACUUCACUUUGCGACAUGGUGACUGGGUACAAUUUUUACUCGCAACUGAUAGACGCGAUCAACUGCAGCGUGCUACUUCGAUUUCUCUACUCGAUGAAACCUUUAAGGUUUCCGGUGAGAAGCGUGAGCAAGGUGUUGUUGCUUCACUUAAGGACGGUUUUGGCUUUUUACGUUGUGUUGAACGCAAUUUACGUUUAUUUUUUCACUUUACGGAGGUGUUGGAUACUAGCCGGGAAAUUGCUGUCAAUGACGAAGUUGAAUUUACUGUUGUGCAAGAGCCCGGUGUUCCAUACAAUACAUCUCGCUUGCAUGCCAUUCGCAUAAAGCACUUACCACCAAAUACGGUGCAGUUUGAGAUGUUAAUGGCAAGUAAUAUUGAAGGCUCUGUAACGCGUGAGGCGCCUAAAAGUCCCGUCAAGUCCCAAGAUCGUGUAGAGGGCGGUGUGAUCACAUAUGAUCACGGUGAUGUCAAAAAGACUAUAAUGUAUUUCCUUAAAGACUGCGAGAAACCACCAAGAAUUGGAGAUCGUGUACGAUUCGAUAUCUACUUGGUAAAACGAAACAAAGAAUUCAUUGCUGUAAAUGUACAACUAAUUGGACAAAUGCAACAAAUACAUCAGCAACAAUUGCAACAACAACAACAACAACAGCAACCACAACAUAUGUUAACCAAUACAACGAACCAACUGCAACAUCAACAUAUGCACAACCAAAACAAUGAGCAAAUGCUACUGUCCAAUGGUGUCGGCGUUGGUCUUAAUACCGGCAUCGGCGGUAACACCGGUGGUAUGUUGCUACCGCCACAAAACGGUUAUUUACCACUGACUAAUUCAACUCAGCUGCUAUCCACACCAAAGAUUGAAGACUUCAAAUUGGACAAUAAUAACUUAGCAAUGGGUGAACAUGGACAAACUUACCGUGGCUUUAUUGCUGUCAUCAAAGAAAAUUUUGGUUUUAUUGAGACGCUUUCGCACGAUGAAGAAGUCUUUUUUCACUUUAGCAAUUAUGUUGGCAAUCCUAACUGGUUGGAAUUGGGUCAAGAGGUUGAAUAUACUCUGUCGCCGAAUGGCAACACUUCCGCCUCUGGAAAUUGCUUGCCGGCUGAAAAUGUGCGCACACUACCAAAAGGUUCCAUACCACAGCCAGCCAUUUUGGAUGGUACUCAUAACGGUAUAGUGGCACGUCCACUACGCUGCAUCAAUCCCGAUCAACAGGAGUAUGCUGGACUUAUUGAAGUUUUGGAUGAAACUAAACAAAGUGUGCUGACACAGCACGAGUUCGGAAUUACCAGUUUAGUGAAUAAGCGCGAUUUGCUACAAAAAGGUGAUUUGGUCACUUUCCGGAUUGAUGAAAUUGGACGCGCUGCUGAUAUAAAUGCUGUACGCCAAAAGAAACGUGCAACUGUUGAUUCAAUUAAAGGACAAUUUGGUUUUCUCAAUUAUGAAAUUGAGGAUGGCAAAAAGCUCUUCUUUCACAUGUCAGAGGUGCAAGGCAAUGCCGUUGCUUUACAUCCAGGUGAUACUGUUGAAUUUUCGGUGGUUACCAAUCAGCGCAAUGGCAAAUCAUCAGCUUGCAAUGUACUGAAGAUCAACGAUCGUCCAGACCGUUUAAUAUCCCGGUUAAAGCUAAAUGCAGAUGAUACUGUGCCACGAUUAAUCAUCACGCGAGCACCACGAGGACCACAAAGCAAGGGCUUCUUGCCCCAAGCACGCAUUGCACGUAUUCCAGGCAUUUUAAUUGAAUAAAUAGCAGCAGUAUACAAAAACAAUCUGGAAGGCGUUGUAGCCUUACAUGAUUUAAUAUCCGCAACACCAUAUGGAAUAAAAAAAUGAAUAAAGAUAAAUUUUGAGGGUGCAGGAUAAGCGAGGAGGAGGGAGCAAAUAAAUAUUAUUUAACAGAAUUUUUAGUGUAUAUGUUGGCGGCAGUGUGGACGUGCUUGAAUAUAAAUAUUUAGAAGCAAAGAUAUGCGUAAGGCCACAACUCUUCCUCAGCAAAGAAAAGAAAAGAAAUGAAAAUAAAUAUGGCAUAUUUAUGAAUAUGAAUACUAAAAUAACACAAUACAAAAUAUC